AUGGCCGGGGGUGUGAACACUUUUUCUCCAGAGGGGAGGCUGUUCCAAGUGGAGUAUGCUAUCGAGGCCAUAAAGCUUGGUUCCACGGCCAUCGGGAUCCAGACCUCGGAGGGCGUCUGCCUGGCUGUGGAGAAGAGGAUCACCUCCCCGCUCAUGGAACCCAGCAGCAUUGAGAAGAUUGUAGAAAUCGAUUCCCACAUAGGGUGUGCCAUGAGUGGCUUAAUAGCUGAUGCAAAGACUUUAAUUGAUAAAGCAAGAGUGGAGACUCAGAAUCACUGGUUCACCUACAACGAAACCAUGACGGUGGAGAGCGUGACGCAGGCCGUGUCCAACCUGGCACUGCAGUUUGGGGAGGAGGAUGCGGACCCAGGGGCAAUGUCUCGUCCAUUUGGUGUCGCGCUGCUUUUUGGAGGAGUUGAUGAGAAGGGACCCCAGCUGUUUCACAUGGACCCUUCAGGGACGUUUGUUCAGUGCGACGCCAGAGCAAUCGGCUCUGCCUCGGAAGGCGCACAGAGCUCUCUGCAGGAGGUUUACCAUAAGUCAAUGACGCUGAAAGAAGCAAUCAAAUCUUCCCUCGUCAUCCUGAAACAAGUUAUGGAGGAGAAACUGAACGCAACCAACAUUGAGCUUGCCACGGUGGAGCCGGGGAUGAAGUUCCACAUGUACACGAAAGAGGAGCUUGAAGAGGUCAUCAAGGAUAUUUGAAAAACAGAGAGAUUCCCUCAAAGGCUCAUUCCCCCCCCCGCCCCCAGUCAAAGAGAACUGACUCUCGGUUCCUUCCAGUACCUGUGAUUUUAUUUUCCGGCAGCAUCUGUAAUUGCUCUUCUUCAGAGGCUCUUGAGGUUUUUUUACAGUUUCUGUACAUAACUGAUCUCUAAAAUAA